UAUAAGCAGAUGAUUACAGUUACAUGCACUUGAGAGAAAGAGAAUGCAGAUACUGCGCUCAGAAGCCGUGGACGUGACUUCUUGCCGAGUUGCAUGCGCGUAUUGAGCGUAUCCAGACGGUUUCUUAUCGGUCGUAAAUUGGCAGAUUGAGUUUGAAGACCCGCGAUGAGCUGAGCUGCUUCAGUCUCCGCCUGCACCAUCCUUCUUUCAUACGCACCGCCUUUGCCGCCAGAACAGCAGAAACCAUGACGACUGUUGAGGGAUACCCCAAGGACCUGGACGCGUUUGUGAUUGUGAAGGAGAUCGCGCCGGGCGUGACGACGCUGGCGUGUCCGUUCAGUCGGGUUAUUGUCGAGAUUGGGGCUCGCGCGACACACAUCAAGGCCCAGUUCGCGGACGGACCGGGGAUGAUUAUGGUCUCGCCGAUUCCGGUGUGUGAUGUUGCUGUUGCUACGCUGGAGGGUUUGCCGCUCAAGUACAUCGUUGCGCCGGAUAUGGUGCAUUACAUGGCUAUCCCGGGGUGGAAGGAGAAAUACCCGGAUGCGAAGAUUAUCGGCUGCAAGAGUUUAACGUCGCAGAAGCUGACGAGUCUCGGUCUUGCGUGCGAUUUUGAAGUGACGGACUUUGACUGCGUCAUUCCUGCAAAAGAGCUCGGUCUGAACGACGUCAAGGAGGAAGAGGAGCUGAAGUUCAUAAUCGUCGGCGCGCACAUGAACAGAGAACUUGUGACCUUCCAUGGCCAGUCUAAGGUCAUGGUUGUCGGGGACUUGAUUUUCAACUUGCCGCCGACUGAGCAGUACAGCAAGUCAAAGCUGGGCUUGCUGGACAGGUUCUUGUACGCGACAGGAAUCGGUCGGUACGCGCAGUCCAAGAUCCCCGACCUGCUGAUCAAAAACAAGGAAACCGGGAAAACAGCACUGAAAGUAAUCGAAGCGCUCGACUUUGACACGGUCGUGAUGUGUCACGGCGACUCCGUCAUCGGCACCGGAAAGGAGUUUUACACUAGUUUUUUUAGUUCUCUCUUAUAACUGGUGCUGAAUUUAUUCAGUUGUGCUUUCUAGUUGUUGUUGCUGCUUGCUUUGGGUGUAAUUUUGAGGAUGGAAGGAGUAAUUGCCUUCGAUAGAUAGUGAAGGGAGAAAGAUCGAUAGAAACCGCCGCUGAAUACUCGCUAUUUUUAAUGUCUAGUCAAUUAAUAAUUCUUCCACAUCAACUCAUCAACUUGCCUCU